CGCCCAUACCGUCAUUCUCAUCAUGGAGAUGUCCACAAUGCACAAUUCGAUCAUUUUCAACAGCAACUAGGCAGCUCGCUGUGGGACCAGAACAUCCACGCUAUGUCGAAGUCCCUGAGCCACCGCAACAACAAAUCCCAUACCAUCCACCCAUCAAAGGUGUAUUGCCAGUUCCACGGGAUGUAUUCCGAGGAAGUCGUGGAUCGGAUGAAGCUGUCGAGCUCUCCACAAAACGCUCGACGAAGCCCAAGGUCUACGCGAUUGGCAGUCGAGAGGAAUGGAAGGCAAAGAUGAGCGAGAUCCGACGACAGAAUUUGCGCGAAGGUGUAAGCAGUCUGAGAGUGAGACAACAGAAAGAAACCCGCCAGAUGGAGGCUAGAUCAGCUGCGAAACGAGCAGAUCGCGAAAAGAGAUUACAUGCGCCGGAGCGAGAGGAUGAGCGAUUGACGGCGCCAAGCAACAAUUUGGAUUUGGACGCAUUAUUCAACAAGCCGAUACCCGACCCAACACGAGAAGCCCGUCUGAAAAGAAAGAGAGCAAAUGUCGCUGCACGUGCACAUCAGAAGCAGAAAGAACGUAUGGACUCACUACAUACCCUCUACAUGAACGCUAGAGACUUCAUCGUAACGCCUGAGCAGCUGGACAAGGCUGUCGAUGAAGCAUUCGGGACUCCCGAAAAGCCUGUCAGGUUCGGGCAGAGCUACGGGCAAUGGGAUACUUUUUCUCAGGGCAAAUCUAUUUGGACUCUGGGCAAGCCGAUGUCUGUACAAGAUAUGCUUAAUCGUGCCAACCAGGCUCCAAGCUCGAGGGCUGUGGAGGAUGCCAGUGGUACUACCGCUAUCAGGAAGGAGAGAAUCAGAAGGAUUGCAGAGAUUCUCACGGGUGGAAAGAUGGACGAAGAGAGCAGGUAGGCUGCUGGUCUCAAGAGGAGAGUCCUUGCUUCACAUCAGUGUAAGAACUCUGCAGUGGCGACGGAAUCCGCGCCUGUUGUUAAACAUUGUACAACGCGAUAUGAUUGCUCCACC